AUGUCGCACAGGAAGUUCUCCGCUCCCCGUCACGGUUCGCUGGGUUUCACCCCCAGGAAGCGCGCCGCCAGGCACCGCGGAAAGUGCAAGACCUUCCCCAAGGAUGAUGCCUCGAAGAAGCCCCACCUUACGGCUUUCCUCGCCUACAAGGCCGGCAUGACCCACGUCGUGCGCGACCUCGACAAGCCCGGCUCCAGGAUGCACAAGCGUGAGGUCGUGGAGGCCGUGACGAUCCUCGAGGCCCCUCCCAUGGUUGUGGUCGGCAUCGUCGGUUACAUCGACACCCCCAGCGGCAUGCGCACCCUCACCACCGUGUGGGCUCAGCACUUGUCGGCUGAGUGCCUCCGCCGCUUCUACAAGAACUGGUACCGCUCGAAGAAGAAGGCCUUCACCAAGUACCAGAAGGCCCUCGCCGCCAACAAGGCCCGCGUCUUCGACCGUGAGGUUGCCCGCCUGAAGAAGUACUGCACCGUCGUGCGCGUCAUCGCCCACACCCAGGUCCGCAAGCUCAACCAGAGGCAGAAGAAGGCCCAUAUCAUGGAGAUCCAGGUCAACGGUGGUUCCAUCGCCGACAAGGUCGACUUCGCUGUCUCCCUCCUCGAGAAGCCCGUGCCCGUCGACAACGUCUUCGGCGACUCCGAGCUCGUCGACACCAUCGGCGUCACCAAGGGUAAGGGUUACGAGGGCGUCACCACCCGUUGGGGCGUCACCCGCCUUCCCCGCAAGACCCAUCGUGGUCUCAGGAAGGUGGCUUGUAUCGGUGCCUGGCAUCCGGCUGCCGUCCAGUGGUCUGUGCCCCGCGCUGGUCAGAACGGUUACCACCACAGGACUGAGCUCAACAAGAAGAUCUACAGGAUCGGCAAGGGCGUACGUCAGGAGGGUGGCAAGAUCGUCCACAACAACGCCUCGACCGAGUUCGAUCUUACUGAGAAGAGCAUCACCCCCAUGGGUGGCUUCCCCCACUACGGUGAGGUCAACGAGGACUACCUGAUGAUCAAGGGUGCCGUCAUUGGCCCCAAGAAGCGCGUCAUCACCAUCAGGAAGGCCCUCCUCCGCCCGACCAAGAGGUGGCAGCUGGAGAAGAUCGCCCCCAAGUUCAUCGAUACUUCCUCCAAGUUCGGUCACGGUCGUUUCCAGACCAAGGAGGAGAAGGAGAAGUUCAUGGGCAUCAGGAAGAAGGACAAGGUCGUCGCCUAA